AUGACAGAGAUAGGGAGAUCGGAUGUAGACUCUCCAUCCGCAAGAACUGUGUCCUCCCAUCAAGUCACUGGAUUACCAGCAUCAGAGCCAGAACAGCCUAUACAGCGUAUCACUACUGAGCGCGACAUUGGUUCAAGCCAGGAUUUCGGAAACCGAGUACAAACUUUGUUUGAGCAGCGAUCAGUUCAAUCGCCAGCAAUCACCCAGCCACCUUGCAAGUCGACAAGGGAAAGUUUGUUUCCCUCGAAAAGACCGAUUCUGAAAUUGAGACAAGCUCCAGGUGGUUUAUAUGUGAUGCCCAACCUUCCAUCCGAGGAAGAAGCCUAUCGACUUCUCGAUAGUGUCUUGUUUUAUUUCGGCGAAACACAGCACCUGUUCGAUGCACGCGAGGCUUCUGAUCAAUUGGCUAUAGUUUACGAGGAUCCACAGGGAAGUCUCCAAAGUCCCAGUAUUGGAUUCCUACAGGCUCUGUUGAUUUUCGCCCUUGGAAGGCUGCUUCGAGGGGAGUCGGACGCCUCAAACUCUCCCCCGGGCUAUACAUUAUUCAAAUACGCAUUAGAUCUCCUUCCAUGCCCUUCGGAGCUACGAGCUCACGGCGUAGCGGGAAUCGAGAUCCUCGCCAUCAUCACAGUCUAUUUACAAAAUAUUGAUCGAAGGGACGACGCCGCUUCUUACAUUGGUCUCGCAAUUCGCCUAGCUAUGUUGCAUAGGUUACAUCGAAAACAGACAAUGCAAAAGCUACGUCGAUCAGAAGCGACUCACGCUAGCCGACUGUGGUGGACCGUUCACAUGCAGGACAAGCGCUCAAUGAUUUUGAAUGGCUGCCCACUCGCUCUUGAUGAUAGAUUUGUGGAUGCAUCCCUCCCUGCGGAUGCACCUGGGUUUCCAAACCCAUUUGCACUACAGAUCAACCUUGAGGUAGCCCAGAUACAAACUCGAAUAUAUUCAGUCAUCUACAGCCAGGAAUCAUGUCCCAAGGAUGAAUUUGUUGCCGGUGUCCAGGAUAUUAUCUCGACACUCAAUCAACUCGCGAGACAAAUCCCUCAGGGUCUUGGCUUUUCUGGCACCGUGCCUAACCAGCAGUCAUCGAAGAAAGAUCAACGAUUAAGUAUAUCGCUGUAUACUAUUCUUUAUCAGUCAAUAAUUCUCACAUUGCGACCGAUCGUUCUGCACUUGACAAAGGCAAUUCUCAGCGGCGAGACCACAUUUUCAAAUAGUGGGAAUGCUUUUAAACAGCUCACUUGCACUUGCAUAGAGGCUGCUCGUCGGUCACUAGAACUCAUGUUACAGGCGCAGAAGGAGGACAUGAUAGCAAAAUUUGGCUUUUUUGAUCUCGACGCCAUAUUCUCCGCGGGGUUUAUCAUGCUUCUCGCCGCAAUCAUCGAGUCAACAAACAAUACCCAAGGCCAAUACUUGACAUUCUUAAAGCCAACCCCUGGAAUCUCGGAAUCCCUAGAACUUCUCAACUUCCUGGCUGGUUACAACAAUCAGGCAGCCAGGUCUCGCCACGACCAGAUCGAACGACUGUAUGAUCACAUCCCUGCAUUAGUCGAGUCAUUCCACGAAGGAAUAGGAACAUCCAAUGGCAACGCACAAUCGCCCUUGGGUUCCUCGGCCAGUCAGGUCAUCCCGACACCUCAUUCCACUGGGGAUCAUCCUCCAUCUUACAUUAGUGCGUGGAAUUUUGAAAGCGGUGGAGAUAUGGUGGAUGGUUAUGCAUCAGCAUAUUUGCCAAUGCCUUUUCCGUCCGACGCGCAAACGAUGUACUCAUUGUACCAAGGAGAUGAUUUCGUUUUGACGGGUGCAGACGUGGCUGAUUUUGAGGAACUACAACGGCAUUUGCUAGGAUCUGAUAUCGCUUUUUGAGUGUUUGAUAUCAUUCUCAAAUUGAGAAUCACGGCUAGUUUGGGAUAGUUUGGAAUAAAGAGGAGAAUGCCCUUCUUGGGUUCGGUGGCCCUGAAUGCACCAUUUUACCGUGCACCUUGAUCAGAGCCUAAUUACAAACUCCACGGACGUUUCACCAGAUCAGCUUCAGGUCAGGAACCUAAUCCGCGGAAGGAAUAGCACCUUUAUCACGGCAGAUAUCCAGUUCCUUGAAUCCGAAAACCACGCUACUAUAUGGAUCAAAGUAGCGUAAAGCACAUCCGAUGUUAUGAAGUUGCUGAUAACUUCUGUAUCUGAAACAUGACCAAUCAGAAAAAUCCGUAGCCCACUUCGUUCAUUUGCCUGCAGCCUGCCUCUGCGCCAACUCGAGCACAG